GUCAAUUUCAACCUUGGAGCUUUCUGCGACUUGCUCAUGGCAAGUCUGUAUUUCAGUUUUUGACAAAGAAUGGCUGCUAGCUGUUAAUAUAAAACUCUCUCGUACUAUACCUCCGAUCAAGAUAUGAGUAGUUCAGGGGUAGAAAUGUCGCUGGACGACUCCGAGUACUCUCUGAAGCCCGCUGAAGAGCUGCCUCUUACUGAUGAUUGUCACCAUUACCAAGGAAAGCAUCAGGUGCCAUGGGAUAUUCAAAAAUACUUUGCGCAACGUUAUUCGAUCUUCUCAUUAUAUGACUAUGGAGUUUACAUGACGGAUGAUGCCUGGUUUGGUGUGACGCCCGAGCCAGUAGCAAACCAGGUGGCUCAUGAUAUGUACGGCACUGAUCAGAAGAAGCAUAUCCUGAUCGAUGUCUUUGGUGGUGCAGGGGGUAACAGUAUUGCCUUUGCUCUUUCCGAACGAUGGAGUCGCGUUAUCUCUAUCGAACGCGACCCUUCAACUCUAGCCUGUGCCCAGAAUAACGCCAAGGUCUAUGGUAUCGCGCCGGGGCUAAUUACGUGGGUUCUCGGUGAUAGCUUCGAGUACCUCGAUAAGUUGUUCAAUCACACAGAAGAACUGCACCCAAAUUUAAGAGUAGGCCUUGACGAAACAGUACUGUUUGCGAGUCCACCUUGGGGCGGCCCUGGAUACCGCACUGAUGAAGUAUUUAAUCUUUACAACAUGCAGCCGUACAAUCUUGACGAUUUACACACUGCAUACAACAGGCUGGAUCACGCGCUGUUUCUCCCACGGACGAGUGAUAUCCGACAAAUCGCCAGACUAGCACCUCCUGAUAGGAAAGUCGAGGUUGUUCAAUACUGCAUGGAGGGUGCCAGCAAGGCCCUGGUAGCUUACCUUCCAGGCAAAUACUCAGAGGCCCGCCAGUGAAAGACGCCCUCCAAAAUAGAUCACUGUCGCCACUCGCAUCCAAUACCAAUGAAAGAAGGCUGUACCUGAGGAAGGGUGUUGCUAAAAGUCUCGGGUAUUUGGUUGGCGAGAUGAUGCUGCUGUCGGGGGCAACAAUAUUUAUCUAUUUGAUGCCGUACAUUGCCUAUUCAACGGCAUGAUAAUAUAAUUUGCAGCUUGGGCAGACAUCAAUAGCACGUUGGUGUGUCGUUCAAGCGGGUAUUCUCCAGCUUAUUCAAAUUGCA